AUGUAUUUAUCAUCAUAUAGUGAUGAUAACUCAAAUAAAUCGAUCAUCACAUUAGAUACUUUAUUAAAACAUACAAUAUGUUCUUUUGUUCGUUCUCAAGUACUGUUUGCUGCCAUACGACUCAAUUUAUUCACUAUGAUUGAUGAAUCGCCAACUGGUUCAUUAUCAUAUGAAGAAAUGAAAAAAUCUAAUAUAUCAUUAUCAAUGUUAUCCUAUCUUGUUUAUCUUCGUUUACUUAAACAAUGUUCAAAUUCAAAUCGUUAUGAAUGUACACAUACUACACGUAUAUAUCUUGUUUUAUCACGUCAAAAUUAUGUUGGUUUAGGUAUUGGUGUUUGGGAUCAUCGUCGUCAAUAUACAUUUUUUCUUCAUCUUAGUGAUACAUUAAAAUAUGGUACAAGAAUAAGUGAAGAUUGUAAUGAACAAUUAUGUCUUUGGUCAAUAUUUGAACAAAAACAUGAUCCAAUGAUUUAUUUUGCACGUACAAUGUCAUCAUUUACUCGUUGUACAAUAAAUGAAUUAUGUAAUCAUGUUGAUUUUUCAUCAUAUUCAACAUUACUUGAUAUUGGUGGUUCAUUAGGUGAUCUUAGUCGAACAAUUAUUAAACGAUAUCCACAUAUAAAUGCAUUUAGUUUUGAUUUACCUGAACUAACUUGUUAUGCUUCAUCAGAAAAUAAUGAUCAUUCAAAUAUUCAUUAUGUAGCUGGUGAUUUUUUUGAAGAAGAAUGGCCAAAUAAAAUAAUUGAAAAUAUAAAAAAUAUUGAUCUUGUUUCUCUUAAAUUUAUUCUUCAUGAUUGGUCAUAUGAUCGACGUGAAGUUUUAAUUGAAAAAAUUUAUAAAUUAUUAAAAACUAAAAUUCAACUAAGUAGUGGUAAUGGUACAUUAUUAGUUAUUGAAAAAAUGAUUGAUAAAGAUCGUCAAAAUAUAACAACAUUAUCUACAAGUGUAUCAAUGGCAGUUGAAUGUGGUGAUGGUAUUGGAUAUGAUACAACACAGAAUGAAUAUGAACAGUUAUUAUUUCAAGCCGGUUUUCAACGUAUACAAAGUAUACUAUUAACUGGUCCAAUGGUGGCUCUAUUUGCUCAUGUCAUAUAA